AGGCGCAAUUGUCUUUGCAGUUCAAUUGCAAUUGCAGGUUGCAUUUGCAAUCCCAGUUCUGGUCCCGGUUGCAAUUUGCAACUUGGAGUCUGCAGGUGCAAUUCCUAUCACAGUUGCAGUUGCAUUUUGCAGCUGCAGCUGCAGCGUGCAGAUACAGCCACCAUGCAUGUAUGCGAUCGUAGUUUGCAGGUGAGGUCGAUGUUAGAGUUGCAGGUGCAGCUGCAGCCACUACAUGAAUGUGCAGCGGUCUUUGCAGUUGCAAUUGCAAUAGCAGGUUGCAUUUGCAAUCCCAGUUCCGGUCCCAGUUGCAAUUUGCAACUUGGAGUCUGCAGAUGCAAUUACUACCUCAGUUGCAGUUGCAUUUUGCAGCUGCAGCUGCCGUGUGCAGAUACAACCAUCGUGCAUGUAUGCGAUCGUAAUUUGCAGGUGAGGUCGAUGUUAGAGUUGCAGCUGCAGCUGCAGCCACUGCAUGAAGGUGCAGCGGUCUUUGCAGUUGCAAUUGCAAUUGCAGGUUGCAGGUGCAAUCCCAGUUCCGGUCCCAGUUGCAAUUUGCAACUUGGAGUCUGCAGGUGCAAUUCCUACCGCAGUUGCAGUUGCAUUUUGCAGCUGCAGCUGCUGUGUGCAGAUACAACCAUCAUGCGUGUAUGCAAUCGUAGUUUGCAGGUGAAGUCGAUGUUAGAGUUGCAGCUGCAGCUGCAGCCACUGCACGAAUAUGCAGCGGUCUUUGCAGUUGCAAUUGCAAUUGCAGGUUGUACUUGCAAUCCCAGCUCCAGUCUCAGUUGCAAUUUGCAACUCGGAGUCUGUAAGUGCAAUUACUACCGUAGUUGCAGUUGCAUUUUGCAGCAGUUUGCAGUUUGCAGGUGCAGUUUGCAGGUGCAGUUGCAGCUGUCCUUGUUGCAGUUGCAGUUUGCUCCCCUCCUCCCAUGUGCUCUCUCUGCAGGAUGCAUUGCUGGGGUUGGGUGCUGCCAUCGACGCCGCCCACCUGCAGGAUGCGCUGCGUGCUGCAUUGCUGGCGCUGCUGCCCCGCGUGGAGCACUCCUACAUCUACCUGCUGGAUGGGGACGCCCGGCUGAGCUGCGCUGACCCCCCCCAUGAGCUUCCUAUGGAGGGGAAGCUCAGG